UUGAAAAUAGGUGUGUUUUUGAAAAUUCGUUUAAUUUCUGCUCCGAUGAUGUGAUGACUGAAAAUUAAAUGAUACUCGAUGGAUAAUCAUGAAGACAACUUGAAGUCAUUAAUUGAGGAGGCAAGUCUUACCAGGAACAGCUCUUGUCUUCAUCAAGGCAAAGCAAAUACUUUAGUAGAUCUUCCAACUUGUCUUUCUAAACGAAGUGAUUUACCACCUAUACAAAAACAUGAAAGGCGAUUUUCAAGCCAUUCAGAAAAAAAAUCAGUUACAUUUUCGUUUUCUGGUAGUGAGCGAAGCAAUCAUAUACUAAAUGCAUCCGAUUGUUUUGCUUAUAUGCGUAAAGGUAGUGAAAUGAUUAAACUACAUACUAGUGGACGUCAAUAUAAACGUAUGUUUUAUUUAAAUGAACAAAUGAAUUGUAUUAAAUGGUCUUCAACAAAUAAACGUCAAUCAAAUUCACAAAUUGAUAUUGAAGAAAUUCAUGAAGUACAACUAGGCUGUUCCUCAAGAACUACACAUUCCCUCGGUCGACGACGUCCACUUAGUAUGACUCCAACAUUAUCACAUGGGUUCUUAUCUUCAAGUGGAUCAGGUAGCCUGAUUCAAUCAGCAUCAAAAAUGUAUUCAUCAAACAAUUCAAAUUCUCUAACUAUUGGUUCAGUAUCACCACAAAUUCAAAGUUCAACAUCGUUAACUUCAACAAUACUUAAUCUUAGUUCUAGUGCAUUUACAAUAUGUUAUGGACCGGAUUUUACUGUAUUAGAAAUUUUAGCUUCUGGUCCAGAAGAAGCAAAUAUUUGGGUGACUGGAUUAAAGUGUCUAAUGGCUGGUGCUCAAGAUCCACAAGUGUUAGAAGAUAGACAGAAACCACGUGACAGAUGGUUACAAAUUUUAUUUCAUGAAGCUGAUUCAACUAAUCAAGGAUACUUAAGUGAAUUUGAAGUGAUUCGUUUAAUUCGAUCAAUUAAUCCAAGUUUAUCAUCGAUACAUUUAAGGCAUAAAUUAAAAGAGAUGGAGAGUAAAGUUCGAUGUCAUAAAACUGGAAUAACUAAAGAUGAUUUUGUAAAUUUUUUUAAGAAAGUUGCUACCAGACAAGAGAUUUAUUAUAUUCUUGUAAGGUACUCCAGUGGAUCAGAACAUUUGAGUGCAGAAGAUUUAAAGAAUUUUUUCGAAAGUGAACAAGGUAGGACUGGAUUAACGCGUGAUCAAUGUAAAGCUUUAAUUAAUCGUUUUGAACCAUCCCAUGAAAAUCGACAAUACAAUUUAAUGGGAAUCGAUGGAUUUACAUUAUUAUUAUUAUCCGAAGAAUGUGAUAUAUUCAAUCCAGUACAUCUACAAGUUUGUCAAGAUAUGUCUCAACCAAUAACUCAUUACUACAUUGCAUCAUCACAUAAAACAUUUUUACUUGAAGAUCAACUAACAGGUCCUUGCAGUAUUGAAGGUUAUCAAAGAGCACUUCUUUCAGGAUGUCGAUAUAUUGAACUUGAAGUCUAUGAUGGUCAUGAUGGUCAUCCAGUUGUUAGACGUGCCAACUCUCGACCACCUGGUAUACCAAUACAAGCUGUAUUAAAUACAAUACAUGAUUUUGCAUUCAUACGUUCUGAAUAUCCAGUUAUUGUAUCAAUUGAAUGUUAUGCAACUCAAGCACAACAACGUGUACUAGUCACAUUCUUACGUUGUUGUCUUGGUAAUCGUUUAUUAUUACCAAAUUCAGAAUUCACUUUUAAUUUAAGUGAAUCACAAUUAGAAAUUGAAGAGCAAGUUGAAAAGACAAAACUACAUUCUAUGAUGAAUAAUAUUAAUCUGAAUAAUAAAAACAAUCGUAAAAAUAGUCUAACAGUGGUUGAUUUAAAAAAUGAAUCAACAGUAUACACAUCAAAUGGUUCUUUUGUAAGAUGGCCAUCACCACGUGAUCUUAUGGGACGUAUUUUAUUGCAAGGUAAACGAUUACCAAAGGGUACCACAAUGAAUACAUCAGGUAAUGAGUCAGAAAAAUGGAUGAAUGGUGGUUUGCCUAAUUUAAGACGUGUAUUUAAUUCAUUAUAUACUUCUCAUCAAGAAACACCUGUUAUUAGAGAAUUAUCUGAUAUGUUUUUCUUCGAUACAACUAAUUAUGAACAGAUUACAAAUAAUGAUUCAAUAAGAGCUAAUAUAUCACUUAAUAUGAAUCGUACAAUGUCAUCAUUUUCAACACUAUCAACAUCUCAUGGAUUAAAAAGAGAUGUCAAACAUGAUCAUUCACCUAAUAAUACACAUAAUAAUUCAUCCACAUCACCAGUUGUUAUUGUUGGUAGUACACAUACAGAAACUAAUCAUCAACAACCUAAAAUGAUCCUAAAACAUUUUCAAUAUCAAUCUAAAGCUAAAUUAGAUUUAUAUGAUCAUUCUAAUUUAAAAGAUAAACGAAAUAUAAAUAUUAAAAGUAUUACAAAUAAUUAUAAUAAAAUUAAUAUGAACAAUACUACUAUUACUACUACUGAUAAUACUACUAAUAAACAAUAUAAUCAAGAUAAUAUACAUUUACAUCCAUAUUAUAUAAUAAUUAUGUCUGAAUCAGAAGCAUCUCGUGCAAUUGGUACUAAUGCUAGUGAUUUAGUACAAUUAACUAGAAAUUCAUUAAUACAAAUUUGUCCAAGUUUAUCUAGAGCUGAUAGUAGUAAUUUAAAUCCAUUAGAUAUAUGGUCAUGGGGUGGACAAAUUGUAACAUUAAAUUAUCAAACAGCUGGUUUAAUUAUGGAUUUAGCUACUGGAUUUUUUGCACGUAAUGGUGCUUGUGGUUAUGUAUUAAAACCAAAUUUAUAUCGUCAAUUUUCAUCAUUUUUUACACCAUAUAAAACAAAUUUAUUAAAUAUUACUGAAAGACCACCAGAUACUACACCACAGGUACUUCGACUGAAAAUUGUCAGUGCACAACAAUUACCUAAACCGAGGGGAUCAGUUUCAAAAGGGGAUACAAUUGAACCAUAUGUUGUGGUAGAAAUUCAUGGUAUUCCAGUGGAUUGUGCUGAACAACGUACUGUCACCGCACCAGCUGGUAGUGCAUCCGGUUAUAAUGCAAUAUUUGAGGAUACUUUUGAAUUUUGUGUACAGUUGGGUAGUCUGGCAUUAGUACGCUUUGUCGUACUAGAUGAUCAUGCAAUUGGUGAUGAUUUUAUAGGACAAAAUACAGUACCAUUUGAUUGUUUACUUACAGGUUUUCGACAUGUCCGUUUACGAAGUGAUACUGGUGAGCCAAUUCCACUUGCUACUUUAUUUGUACACAUUACCAUUACAACUGGAACAGAUAAUUCACAUGGGGAAACAAAUACUGGUCUACUUCAUAGAUGGCGUUCACGUAAUCGUCGACAAUUACAGUUGAAAAAAGUUGGUGUUUCCACAUUUGAUGAAAUAUUCAAGGCUACGGCAACAACAUUGCGACAAGUGUGUGAACUCCGAACAUCUGUACUCACUAGUUUCGAUAAUUUUAGACGACUGUGUGGUGAAACAUCAACACCGUUAUCCAUGAAUCAAUGUAUUCGAGCGUUGUCUACACGUAUUGCAACAGCGUUCGGAUCACCAGAUCUGUGGCCUGUACGUAUGCGUAUUAGACCAGAAGAUGAAAUGCCUCAUUUAGAGCUACAAAAUUCAUUCUCUGGAUCCGGGCUAAGUGGUUAUCCAAGUUUAAGUACACUCGGUGAUCCAGUAUCUCAUCAUGGUACACUUGGAUCAUCAUUAACCCGUAAUUCUUCAUUACGUUUUACUCCUGCGCCUGGAUUGCAUCGUUCACCUUCAUUAAUUCUUUCCCCUCGACUAUUUUUAAAUAGACGCUUAAAAAGUAGCACAAAAUCAAUUGAUGAAGAUUCAGCAUCAGCUUUAUCAAUUGAUGUUAUGGGUUGUCAUGGCAAUGGUAAUAGUGGUACUCAUAGUGUACAGGAACAUUCACCAACUAUUUCGACAAAUAAUAUAGCAAGACGACCAAGUAUUCAUUCAAGUAGCAGUAGUAUUUCUUCUUUUUCCGUUGGACGUUUGGAUAAAUUGAAAAAAGCUGUCAAUGAGUUCGAAAAUCUUAUUGAAUCAUGUAAAACACUGAUUAAACAAGGACCAUAUCUUCGAGUAAAAUUACAACAAACUCAAAGAACUGCCUUAGAUGCAUAUACUACUUUUUUAGAAGGCUUAAAAGAGCCAUCAUCUCAUGCUACUGCCAUUUCAAAAUUAACAUCAUCAGCGGCAGCAGCCACUACAUCAUUAAGAAGUUCAAUAUCUCAUAGUCAUGAAACACGUUUUGGUAGUUUAACAUCAGAAAUUAACCGACAUGUAACUUCACAAAUUAUAGAAGAUAAUAUAGAUCAUCGAAAUAAUAAAAUAACUACUAGUGGUACCUCAAUAUAUUGGCGACGUAUGUCACGUGUAGCUGAUAAUGUAACAUGGAAUUUACGUUUAUUAACAGGACAAACUGAACUAAUGACAUUAUUAUUAAAUGAAUCGAAUGAAUGGAUAAAACAAGCAAAAGAAUCUAGUCAAUCUACUGGUUUAUUAAUUCAAUCCAAUCUAACUCAUUUAAAUGAUUUACAUAAUUCACCAAUUUAUUCUGAUAAAGAUCAAUUAACCAAUGAAUUAAGUAUAGAAAUUCCAUUAAUUAAUAAAACAAUAAAUCAAGAUAAUCUAAUAGAAAAUCAUUCAAUUUCAUUAAGAACAAUAAAUGAUCAAAUGUCAACUCUUAUGAAUAAUAAUACAACAAUAUUAAAUAAUUCAUUAUCACCAUUAUUAGAAAAUUCUCAUUUAAAUCAAUCUAAUUUUAAUUUAAAUGAAACAAAUUUAAUUCAAUCAAAUAUUGUGAAAAAUUUUAAUUCUUCAUAUAAGAAUACCACAGAUAUUAAACAAAAAUCUAUAUUAUCAUCCAAUGAAAGCACAACAACAACAACGCCGACAAUGAUGAUGUCACCUAGUAUCAUUACAACAAUAACUACUAAUGCUUCUUCUUCUACUACUACUACUACUACUAACACUCAUACUACUCAUUUCACCAAUAUUAUUAAUAGUAGUAUAAAUAAUGUAACUACAACAACAACCGCAAUGACAAAAACACUACCAACUUAUAGUAAUUCAUCAUCAGGAAAUUUAUCAAAAAUUAAAAAUCGUUUUAAUCAAGCAUGGAAGAGAUAAAUUUUUAUUUUAUGUGAUGAUUAUCCAAAACAUUUAAAUAUAAAAAGGAUUAUUGAUAUUCAUUGGAUUUAAAUACCCCUUAUAUGAUAUAUAAUAGAUUUCCUAUUACAGAACAGAAUAAACAAGUUUAUUAAAGAGUAAAAAGAAUUAUUAUACAUUUGUGAUAUUAGCAUAAUAAAAGAGUAUUGAAAUUGUAUAAAAAAUUAACAAUUUGUUAAACUUCUUCAUUAUAAUAAAUAAUCCAAAUAUCAAUAUUUGUAAACAAUUAGAAUAAUUGAUUGAUUAAUUUUUCCCUUAUCCCUACCAAUCCCCGGGCCCCCCCCUUCCCCUCCACAUUAUGCAUGAAAUGUGAAAUAAUCAUACUAUAAUAACAAUGUAAACAUUGUACACUUAAUUGAUUCAGAUUAUAUGAGAAAUUGGCAGAAACGAUGAACCUCUAAUUCUAUUCUAUAGUAUAUAGAUAUGGAGAGAGAGAGAGAGAAAGGGGAGAGAUUAGUGUCCGCAUUUUCUGCACGAAAAAUACAUGUGAAUAAAUAGAUUCGAGGAAUAUUCAACAUUCUUCUAUAUACAUAAUUAAAUAUUAUACAUUUACAUAUAUAAAUAUAUAAAAUUCUUUUUUUCAGAUUUGAUGCAUUUAAUUAUAAAUUGAAUUUCAUAUUGUGUUGGUCAGAUUUUUCUUUUCUUCUUUUCCUUUUUCUUCUUCUUCUAAUUAUGACUUAACUCUCAUCAUAUUUUGUUUCUUCUUCUCUUCCUUCUAAACUUUCUUUAUAAUUCAGUUUCAUUUACAAAUUUAUUGACAAGCACUUUUUUUCUUGUUUUUCUUUUUCUUCUUUUUGUUUUUGUUCAAAAUGAGAAACUACCAAACUAUUACCAUGAUCAUCUUAGAUUGCUGGGUUGUUUGUUUUCUCUUUUUACAAUUAAAUGAUUAAUGAACAAUGUUUAUUAUAAAUACAGAACAUACUUUAAACAUUAUUCUAUUGUAACUUAUAUUACAUAUUACAUGUUUUAUUUCAAUACUACUCAUAAGUAGUCAUAAUUAUAAAUUCAACUAUUUUUUAUUUCAAUAUAAAAGAAAAUAUGUAAAGAUAAGGGAGAGAGAGAAAGAGAGAGUAGAUAAAGAUUUCAAUCAGAAUUUAUUUGUAUUCUAAUUAAUAUACAUUUUAAUUAUUUACAUUGAAAAUGAAUUUGUGUAUCCGUUGAAAAAAAUGUAAAAAACAAAAAAGAAACAAGAACAAAAAAUAACAAGAUUUUACUGAA